UACACCCCGCCUGAUUUUUGGAGGUGCUACCCGGUUCUGAUUGCAGCUGAAUACAGCAAUAUGUCACUCAGUGGUAUCCAGGGGUCUAGAGCUCUGUCCCAAGAUUGGAUGUAUGGGGCCGUACACCUGUGGAAAGGUCUCUGUAUUGGUGGCAGAUAGUGGCUUUUGUGUGCAAGAAAGUAGUGCAGUUGCGUAUUAUGGUGCCAUGCCUGACGAGCUUGCUGAAGCAUAGUUGUGGACUAAUGUACGGAAUGGGUUUGCUAAUGCCGGCUGACUAACCAGGAAACUUCCUUGCCCUUACUGAAUGGAAGGCAGUGGUUUGGAAGCACUUGUAGUCUGCAGUUAGCAGUGGUAUGCUGCGAGGCACCUCUAUUCAAGAAGCUGCCCUCAUCCAGCAAUGGAUUAACUUUGCUGAAAGUGAACUUAUCCCUCCAACUGCAACCUGGCUUUUCCCAACUUCAAGUACCAGGAAAUCCAACAAGCAGGUAGUCGAGCGUGCUAAAGCUGACAUAAGGAAGGUAUUGCUCUUGCUGAAUGAUCAUCUCCAUGUCAGGACAUACCUGGUUGGUUUUGGACCCUUCCCUGCAGGAGAAAUACAGUGAAGUAAGCCCUUGGUUUGCUGCCUGUGUUAGUCAGCCUCCAUUCUGAAAAGUAUUAGGAGAGGUGGUGUUCUGUGAGCCAGCUGUUCAGUAUACAGCACCAAAGCCACCAGAAACCCAAGAAGUCACCAAAAUUGAGACCUGUCUAAGUGCAACUCCCACAAAUGAAGUUGGCCCGGUUGAUACAGGACUCUAUAAAGAAAUAGCUGCAAUGGUAUUUGCUCCUGCCACCCCUCUGGCUGAGGCUGCAACAGUUGGUGUAGCUUCUCCCCCGGAGCAGAGACCAACUCGUGCUGAAAGUUUGCUAGAUGGAUCAGAAGAACAACUUUCUGUAGUAUGUGCCUCAGUGAAGAGUAGAACCAAAGAAGUAAGGUCCAUAAUUCCCCUGAAGGAGAUGUUUCCACAGAAAAUGAAGGUGAGGCUAUGGGUACUAAAGAGAAGAAUCCAUCUGCUCUGAUAGAUUUUUCUAAAGAGACCAUCCACAUAACCAGUAAUUUGAAAGAGCAGGAAGUAACUGAAGAGGUCACAGUUCAAAUUCAAGAGGGAGAUAUUCAUGAGGAGACAAAAUCAGUUGUACCCUUUAACCAGCCUGUAUCAACUGUAGACUGUUCUGCACAAAGAGCUGCAACAGGAGUCACUUUACCAGAGUUAUCCUCUUCCAGAGAGAAUGUUGAAGUGAGCUUUGUACACAAGUCAAAAGAAUCUGUUACUAAAAUCUGCAUAACAGAAGAUUCUGAAGAGCAGAAACCAGUUGGCCAGCUUAAUGCUCCUAAACAUCAAAAAGCUGAAGAGACUGUUAUCAGGAUGGCUGCUCCUGGAAAGGCCAUUCUUGUUGACUCAAAGGUAAAGUAUGAUUCUGAGCCAGAUGCUUCAUCUAAGCAAGAAACCAGAUUAAUGAAUGUAGCCAAGAAUAGGCUGGCUGGAGAGGAGAGCAUGAGUGAGGUUUGUGUGACAGAUUCAUUGGAAGAAGUUACUGCGGCCCUCAUUGAGUACACCAGAUCCUUCUGAAAAGGAUGUAACAUGUAAAGAAGCAGCUACUGGGGCAGUAGAUGCUUAUAUGGCAUAUACCCCUACAACUGAUGCUGUUUGCCUCCUAGAAACUUCAAAAGAGAGAUGCAACACAGUUGAUCCUUCUCUGGAGUGUGGGUCAGUUAGAACAAGUUUGGCCAAUGCACCUAAAGACAAUGGAACUGCUGACACUGGUAAAGUGGAUGCAUCUCAGAGGUGAGCUGGCUACAGAGGGACCGGAGGAGCUUUAUCGAGCACAUGGUGAUGAACAGGACUACGCUAAAUUGACUGACCAGUUAAAAAUCAAAGAUCCCUUUGUACACUUGCCAAGAAGUGCCUUCGUUCUGGAUGAGUUCAAGUGGAAGUAUUCAAAUGAGGAUAUCAGUUCUGUGGCACUUUCUUAUUUGUGGGACCACUUUGAUAAAGAGGGUUGGUCUUUCUGGUGCAUGGAGUACAAGUAUCCCAGCGAACUCUGUCUGGAUUGCAGGAGCUCCAGUUUAAUAACUGGGCUAUUCCAACAUUUGGAUAGCCUACGGGAGCACAGCUUUGCUAGUGUGAUCCUGUUUGGCACCGGUGGUGACAGCUCAAUCUCUGGAAUUUGGAUUGUGCGGGGACACCAGCUCCUUCCCAAAUUAAAUGAAGACUGGCAUGUAAUCUGUGAGCCAUAUUCCUGGAGGAAAUUGGAUAUAAACACUGAUGAAUGCAAGACCACGAUUAAGGAAUACUUCACGAUGGAAGGAACAUUCCAACAUGUAGGAAAACCCUUCAAUCAGGCAUUAAUUUUUAAGUAACAGCACAUGCUGGUUGCUGCUCUCUGAACUAGCUGGCCUAUUGCAUUACUGAAUCUUGUCUUACUGAA